CUUUGUCCAUUUUGUUGACUCGAAUCAAUCUUCCUCGUCGUGUCUCAACUUUAGUCCCUCUGCACCAUCCCCACGCCCUCACGCCACCCACCCCCAAUUCAUCUGAAUGCCACCCAUGGCCUCGACGCUCUCGGCGCAGGACUCGGAGCUCGAAGCCGAGUUUGCCGCCCGCUUGUCCGCCUCGCGCGCAACCAGUGUACCUGCAGACGCUGGCUCUGGCGCUGGCUCGUCAGCCGCCUCGUGGACGUCGUCUCUGUCAUCCAACGAGCUCCUUGACGCUGUGUCGUCCGAGCUGCAGCCCGCACUCACCCAGAUGGCCGCCAGGGUCGCCGCGGCAAGUGCAGCGAUUCAAGCCCAUUUUGGAUCCGGCAAGCAGCCAUCAGCUGCCAACGAGGUCGAUAGUGCCAUCCUGACGAUUGAGCACGCGCUUCGUGCGUUGAACGUUGUCUUUGGCAGCUUGGUCUCGGCAAACCAGCUGCAACUCUCGUUUGAUGGCAUCUCGCAUGCGGCAAAUGCACUGUGUCAAACGCUCACUGCUGUGGGCUUGGCUCAACGGCAACUGAAGGCAGACCGCUUGGCAGAAUGUGCUGCUACAAGUACGACCUUGUUUGGCAACUAUGCCGUUGUAUUGAGCGAACGGGUCCAACUGGACAACUUGUCGCAUUCUGACAUGGUGGCCUUUGCUGCAACUUGCGAGGGGCUUGUUCAGCUUUGCACGCUGAGUGAGCGCAACAUGUCAAUGUUGAACGCAACCUGGAAAGCCCUGAUUCGCCUCGUCUCUCGAGCUGCACCCACAGCCCUCCGAUCAAACAUUCCUAUCGGCGCGAUUGUGGAUGCCCUCAGUGCUCCUCUUCUUCGCAACCUCAAGGACUGCGUGACUGCGACGCCUUACACUGUCACUGGCCAAACGCCAGACGAGCCAGCGACGUCGUUUGGCGACUCGAAAAAUUUUACGCGCUGCUUUCGUGUUUGUCGGUUUUAUCUCUCUCAUCUGUUCCACACCGUCAAGGCAUUGGCAAGCUCACUGGAGUCCUGCUAUGCCAAAGUUAUUGACAUUGUCUUGUCGGUCAAAGGAUUGAUAUUGGACGCUCUCACUUCCAAGAACGUGACUGCUGUAACGUUUUCCGAGUUGCGGAGCCUGGUCAUUAACGCAGACACGAUCGUCAAAUGCCUCGCAAUCAACCCGCUCUUUUGUGCGUGCUUGGGUUCGUCUUGCCAGUCCGACGCGAUUGCUGGCCGACCCCUCCGUUUGGCGCAGCUGACGACUGUGCUGGCGCUCUGCACGUUCAGCACCGAUACGCGCGACCCACUGCCCGCGACCGUUCUCGACCUGCUGUUUCCAAAUGCUGCUGCAGACCAACAAAGUGCGCUGCCUCUGCUUGACAUGGUGUUUGCGCAAGUUGCAGAGGCGCGAGCGGAAAUAUUGCUGCCGUGCACGUUGUAUGUGGAGGUGCCUGGGGCUGUGCCAUCAUCCGAACAGGCGCAGCUGCUCCGUGUGUCCUUGUACCAGCACACCUGGGAAUCGCUGUGCGACCUUGCCGUCGCUCUACCCGCAGCAAAGUUCAGUGUUCUGGAGCGGGCGUUAAUGCGUCAAGUCUUAUCCCCAAACUCACUCUGUGCAACCCUUGCGGCUGACGUGUGGAGCUUUCUCGCGCCACGCCUGCCUGCGCACACCCUUUGCGCACACUUGCGUCUCCUUGGGCAAUUGAUUGUGUGCACUCCUCGAGAUCAGCCACUUCACGUGACGCUGGGCCAUUUGAUUUCUCGGCUGAGUAGCGAACUUCCAGAUGACCAGUACAUUGCACUGGUGGAGGCCUUCUCUCCGGCUGCAAAUCUCGCCAAUUUGGCGUUCUGGCGGUACUUUGCCGCCUCGGGUCAGGCCAUGUCCGAGCAAGAGAUUGCUGUUGUCCAAGCGGGCGUGUCGAGCAUUGUUUCGGGAGUCGUCGCUCCGGCAACACAGGCCCUUGUUCAGUCCUGCCAACCCAACCAAGGAGCCUCGGUGCAUGAAAUCCAGACCCUUGCAUGCGGCGCGAUCGCAACUCUGUUCACGUCCCAUGCUAUUGCAAGCACAAUCGCACGGCGUGAUUUGACAACGCUUAUCGACACAAUCGUUCGAUGCUCCGCGUCCGUGUUUCCUGCAGCGGGGAGCGGGGAAGCUCCAGCACAGGCAUGCUGUGCGCUGCUGAAUGCAGUCCACGCACUCUACCCAGGACUUUCUGUUGACCACUUGACCUCGAUUUUCACAGCACUCGCAGCGUCCAUUGAACGCCAGCCUUUGGGAGUGAAACUCAUCGUUUGCAAACUGCUCGGUCGCUGCGCCCACUUUUCAGUGGAGGGUCUUCGGCAGCCGCAUGCAAGUCCAGAGCUCUUGCAGGCCUGGAUUCACUUAUUUAACGUCGUGCUGUCCGAGCAGCACUGGCUCGUCCUGACACCCGCCUGCGUCGCGUGGCAGGAAUUUGCCCAGUUUACCCCGUUCAAGGAUAUCAUUGGCCAGCUCUGUCCGCCCGACCGCAUGGAUGUUAUCAAGCAGUUUCUGUGCUCGACCCCGAUUGGAAGCGACCAGUUUGGAGCAGCCGUGUCCGAUCCUUCUCUUGAAUCCGAGCGCAUCCGAAAUCUCGUCUCCAGCCUCGGGGAGUGUGAAGGCGGACAGAUGAAUCACCUCCGCGCCAGCCUGGAAGAGGGUUUGAGAUUGAACGCUGUCUCAGUCGAAGCGACGUCGAGUGUUUCCCGCAACAAGCGCGCGUUCGACGACGAAGACGGCAGCGCUCACCAGCCAGCCGCAACUCGGCAUCGCCUGGACGGCCCCUUGCAUGACAAGUUGCAACAGGCCAUCACUUUUGUUCGGGCCGAGGUCGAGCAGAUGGUUCACCUUUCUCCCGACGUGCUGUCCUCUGCAACCAUUUCGGAGCUCGGUGCGCUCCAUUCGGCAGUUCAGCGACUCUUGCAACGCCAGCCUGCUGGGCGAUCUUGAAGUGCUCUGCCUUUUUUUAUUGUCUUGUUGUUGUUGUUGCAUCUAUCUAUUAUUAUUAUGUUAACUUAAACGCAUUUCCAGA